CGAUGUGUAUAAUUCAGAAUGAAAUACGUGUUGUGAACGGUAACUACGACUAAACGAUUACCAAAGUGUCGAUGAUCCUGACAUUAUUCAACUGUGAAGUGUAAACAGUUUUUUUCAUUCUUAUGUGCGUCCAGGUUUCGAGGAAGGAGGCGAAGGUGUGGAUCUGUUUACGUAAAUAUAAGUGAAUACUCGCGGUCGCAGGAUUUUAACCAACCGUCAGAGUGGAUUUCGAACGAGUCCGAAACUCAGUUAAAGUUCGGCUUGUGCCUACGGUGUAAAGCUUGUCAAGCGGGGCUUGAUCCGCAACCUUGAAAAUGUCGAUGCCAAUCAUCGCGUCGCUCCUCCUCUUCGGGGUCGUCUAUCUACCCGGCUCUCACACAUCAGCGGCGAAAGAUGACAUCAUAGUCAGCGUCAAGGUGCCGCCACAAGCCGAGGUUGGAUCUACCGUCGAUCUCACCUGCCACUGGAAGCUGAGUCCGGGGAACAAACUCUACUCGGUAAAAUGGUACAAGGGUGAACACGAGUUCUUUCGAUACGUGCCGGAAGUCGAUCCACAGAUGCAGACUUUUCACCCGAUCGGAGUUUCCGUAGACAGAGAGGCCAACACCGAGCACUCGGUACGGCUGACAAACCUAACACUUGAAACAUCCGGACAGUACAAAUGCGAGGUAUCAACGGAGGCUCCGUUCUUCGCCAUCGGGUACAAGUUGGCCAACCUCACUGUUGUCUCUCUUCCGGAACGAAAGCCGGAUAUCACGGGACUCUCUUCUCACUACGCCGUCGGUACAAACGUUACGGCCAACUGCACCUCGUGGCCGUCGCAGCCUCCCGCCACCAUCUCCUGGACCGUCAACGGCGAACCGAUUCCGUUGGAGAACACGAUCGUGUACAAGCAGCCGCCACCGACAACGUCGAAGGGGGGUCGGACAAUUUCGGGCCUUCGUCUGGAGGCCGACGCUAGAUACUUCGAGAGGGACGGAGGAACGGCGACCCUGCGGUGCAUUGCGAUGGUCGGUAUCAAGGAAUUCGUGUCUGAGAGUCGGGUGAUCGAGGCGCACGUGAACAACGAGCGUCUCAGCGCCGCGGGCGACAUGCUGAGGGGUUCCGCAAACGGGACUCGGGUGGACCUCAAUUUCACGAUCGUUCUUCUCGGCGUCGCGGCGGCCAUUUUGCAUCAAGCGAGCCUCCUCGCGACGUGACCGAUCGUCGCAGCGCAUCCGGAAUCUACCGACUAGUUUGCUAAUUAAUUGAUGGUAAGCGUGACACGCUCGUCAAACGGAUGGACAGUGUCGUUUGUAUUUGAGUCGGUCGUCCAAUAUUUUCAGGGAAAGAUACGUGAAUAAAAAGAGAGAGAAUGAAUG